AGGUCCUUCCCGGCGGAAAAGAUCCGGCGUCCGGAGACUGUCUGAGGUCGCCGACAUGUAUUAUAAGUUCAACGGCUUCACCCAAAAGCUGGUGGGGGCCGCUCCGGCGGAGGCGUAUAGUCCUCAGUCAAUACACGUCUUGAUGGUUGUGCGCUGGAUAGUUUUAGAAUUUGCAUCCAGCAGGGUGUACAGAGCCGCAAACGCUGUGUAUGGUGCCAUAUGUUUACUGUAGGGCGCUCCUGAGACUACCUGUCCCACCCCCAUCCUGUAGGUAGAAUGCCAUCAGUCGAAAAUGCAUCCCAAGGCUUAAGACCAUUCACAUACCCAGAGGCUCCUGCACCCAUUUUUGCCACUCCAACAAAACUUCCAAGUGAAGCGGGUUCUGAGUACCUCAGUAAAAACAGAGUCCCCGAGCUACAGAAAUUGUUCCAGAAGCCAGAUGGGAUACCCGUCCACCUAAAGCGAGGAUAUUCGGAUAAACUCCUCUACCGAACCACUAUGGCACUAACAGUCGGAGGGGCCAUCUAUUGUCUCGUAGCCAUCUACAUUGCAUCACAACCGAAAAAGAACUAACCAAAAUGAUUAAGGCAGACGUCACUGGUUCUGUCCAUAGAUCACGUUUUAUUGCUUAUUUUAUGUAUGAUUGUUUAUAAAUCUACAAUUAUUUCCUCCUUCUGCGACAAUGUGACCGGUUCACUUCCAUCCAGCUUUUUGGGUAAAUAACAGGUUAAGGAUGUUCCUCGCACGGAAGAUCCCGAAACCAACCAGGUGGCUAACCUCACAGGGAAACGUUUCUGCAGAUUACAAAGGUCGUCGUCCGUUCACAGCUGUAGAUUUGUGUCAAAUCAGCAACUUUAUAUUUCUGGAAAAGAAGCAGACGGAUGAGAUCAGAGGUUGGGACAGGUUGUUGCAGGCUUCUUCUUUAAGCCUUUGUUACAUAAAGGGUUAAUUAACAUACAAAAUAAGCGAGUGAUUAUGCUGCAAAGGGAAUAAGUCAUGUGUACGACAAAAGCCAAAAAUGGAGAGAGAUGUAUGAAAAUGUUUAAAUAAAAAGUGACCACACAUG